CUCUCACUCCCUCGCCAAGCUUCUGAUUCUUUCUCCAUUACCCAGAGAGGAAAAAUAAGCCAAAUUUCUAGAGAAACCAAAAAAAAAAAAAUAGGAAAGGAUGGAAGGAAGAGAAGAGGAUGUUAAGCUGGGAGCAAACAAGUUCAUAGAGAGGCAACCCAUAGGGACAUCAGCACAGACAGACAAGGACUACAAGGAGUCACCACCGGCUCCACUGUUUGAGCCUGGUGAGCUCCAGUCAUGGUCUUUCUGGAGAGCUGGGAUUGCUGAGUUCGUAGCAACUUUCUUGUUCCUCUAUAUCACAGUCUUGACUGUCAUGGGUGUUAAUAGGGCACCUACCAAGUGUGCCAGUGUUGGUAUCCAAGGCAUUGCUUGGGCCUUUGGUGGCAUGAUCUUUGCCCUUGUUUACUGCACUGCUGGUGUCUCAGGUGGACACAUCAACCCAGCUGUGACAUUUGGUCUCUUCUUGGCAAGGAAGCUCUCUCUGACCAGAGCCAUUUUCUACAUUGUAAUGCAAUGCCUUGGCGCUAUAUGUGGUGCCGGGGUUGUGAAGGGAUUCCAGCCAUCAAGGUAUGAGGUGUUAGGUGGUGGAGCCAACGUGGUGAACCAUGGCUACACCAAGGGGGACGGCCUUGGAGCUGAGAUUGUUGGUACAUUUGUGCUUGUUUACACAGUUUUCUCAGCAACGGAUGCCAAGAGAAAUGCAAGAGACUCUCAUGUCCCUAUAUUGGCCCCGCUGCCUAUUGGCUUUGCAGUGUUCUUGGUUCACCUGGCAACGAUCCCAAUCACAGGAACAGGCAUUAACCCUGCCAGGAGCCUUGGAGCAGCCAUCAUCUAUAAUAGGGACCAUGCUUGGGAUGACCACUGGAUCUUCUGGGUUGGACCCUUCGUUGGGGCUGCACUUGCUGCACUUUACCACCAAAUAGUCAUCCGAGCCAUCCCAUUUAAGACCAGAGCUUGAAAUCAUGGUUUUUGGUUUUUAUCUAGUACUAUGUGUUUAAUGGUAUGUACUCUGAGCUUAUUCUGGUAUCCAGAUUGGGAAUUGGGGAAACCAUGAUUGUGUAUAAAGAUGUUUGACUCACUACUAUCAGCAACCUUUUUUCUCAAUGUAAGAAGUGUCUUUCAUCACUUCA